AUGCCAGACUUCAUUGUUGGUGACCGCAGCAUCCUGAAGCACGACGACCAUCCGAAAGACCCUUUGUUGGAAACACGGUCUGGCUGCCUAUUCCUCGUUCUCAUUCUGGGUUUCAUCAUCCCCGUUCUCCUCCUGGGAGUCUUCAUUGAUGCGGUCCAAGUUCUCAUCCUCGGAUUCUUCAUGGAUCUGGACGUUCUCAUCCUCGUGGCCAGGCCAAUUGCCACUUUCGUAAUAUUCUCUCAAGAGAUGCCUCUGGUAGGCUCGUGCGUCGUCCUGCCAGUUCCAGUAGUCCACGAUACAGGCCGCGCACCAGUGGUGCUUGUGGUUGGCCCUGUGGCGGGCACAAAGAGCCCAUCGUUGCUGGCACUGUUCGCAGCGCUGCGAACAGGAACGGCGGCGGCUGCAGAAAGAGCCCAUCGUUUCCGCAACCUCGCAAAAAAGAACCAAAAGCUCGACGACCUCCAGUACGACUACAAGGCCCUCAAGGACGACUACCACUACUUCAAAGGCUACUCUCAGGAAGUGGACGCAGUCUUGCUAGAAGCUAAGAAGAAGAUCCGAAGCUACAAGAACAAGAUCAAAAGCCUCAAGGAAACCAUAGGUGCAGCCUUGUCAGGAAGCGAAGGUGAAGAAGAGAAAGAAGAGGAGUUCAAGCCCAAGGUGCAGAAAGAGAAAGAAGAGAGAGAGGCACAGGAGGAAGAAGAGAAGAAACGGAAAGAAGGAAAGAAGCCACCAAAGCCCUUAGAGACAGAAGACCAAGAAGAAAAACCAGCAAGCAGCCAAGGAGACAACCCCGACGUGGCAGAGUUCACGCAGCUUGGCUACGUGUGGGAGUUCAACAAGAAGACCCAGGAGUACUGCGCAGCACGUGAAGGCAAGAAGGGAUCCGAGCGGAUCAAAGGAGCACCCGUGAAAGGCCGCCUCCUCUGGAACAAGGUCACGGACUGUUUCCGCAAGUACGGAGUUUGGUUCGUGGACGGCAAGAAGCUCGACGAGUACCUCCAGAACAAGGAGAACGAGAAGAUCGGGGAGGAAGUCCAAUGCCGUUUGAACAGCAAGGGCAGGUCCAACGACAACACAGGAAGCAAGGGAAAAGGUCCCUCAUGGGACGACAGCCACUACGAAGGUUGGUGGUACAACGAGCAGUGGAACACCGACGACAGUGGUUGGUACGAGAACGCGAACCCACAGAAUCCCGGCUACUGGCAGACGCCAGAGGAAUGGUCGCAACAGCAGCAGUGGGAGCAAUGGACGCCCAAGGGCAAAGGCAAAGGAAAGAAGUCCAAGAACUGGACGCAGUGA